CUGAGCUCGGUCAUCUUGCCCCACCCCACCCUACCCACCUCCACACCAUGUGAGAUGAGUGACACUCCAGACUCUGCCACGGUCCGCGUGGUGGCCCCCCCGGUGAAGCUGGCGGCCUGGAGUCUGGGUGCGGGCAGUGAGUAUCCCCAUUCCCAGCGGCACUGGGAGCUCCAGGUGUUCCUCGGUCUUCUCGAACACAGUUUCCUACAGGAAUUCCUCUCCAAAGAUCCCUGUUUCCAGAUUUCUGAUAAGUAUCUCCUCGCCAUGGUGCUGGUCUACUUCCGGCGCGCCCACCUGGAGCUCAGCGAGUACACCCUCAGCAACCUGUUCUUGGCACUGUACCUUGCAAACGACAUGGAGGAAGACCUUGAAGACCCCAAAUGUGUGAUUUUUCCAUGGGCCCUGGGCAAGGAUUGGCGGCAGCGGAUGACAGACUUCCUGCACCAGAGGGACAAGCUGUGGGCACGGAUGGGCUUCCGGGCCGUGGUGAGCCAGCAGAGUUGUGAGGAGGUCAUGGCCAAGGAGCCAUCCCACUGGGCCUGGACCAGGGAGCGACGCCCCCACCACGGCGGGGCUCAGAGGGGCUGCCCACAGACCCCAAGUGGCAUCACCCUCCCUCCCAAGUGUGCCUCCCAGUGGCUGAAGAUCCCUGGGGUGGGGGCUUCCUCCUCGUCCUGCCCCCUGAGCUGCACCUGGAACCAGGCGUCUACACCCUGCACAUCCUCCCGAAGCCUCCACCUCGCCCCAGGCACUGACGCUGGCAGGGUGAGGAGCUGCCCGCCUGCUUGCCUGCUGGCCCGGCGCUCUGCUGGCUGGGACGCCCGUGGCCCCAAGUCUUAUCGGCCUCUGGCUGGCAGCGCUGCCCACUGCCCCCUCCUCCAAACCUGCAACUUGUACCCCCUCUGACCUCCACAACCUCCAAUAAAUUCGUGCCGCAGGAC